UAUUCCAGAAAUAGAGAGAGAAAGUGGGAAAUUGGAAGUGAAAGGGAGUAAAAGUGUAUAUAAAUAGCAUAUUUCUCUUCUUUCGUUUUCUAAAUAAACGCACUCUUCUUCUCUUCCCUUUUUUCCCUUCACUUUCUCUCAGAUUUUCUCGCUCCCCAAUCACCUUCUCCAAUGGCCGAUCAACUCACCGAUGAACAGAUCUCCGAGUUCAAGGAGGCCUUCAGCCUCUUCGACAAGGACGGCGAUGGUUGUAUUACUACCAAGGAACUUGGUACCGUCAUGCGGUCGCUUGGGCAGAACCCCACUGAGGCAGAACUUCAGGACAUGAUUAAUGAGGUUGAUGCCGAUGGCAAUGGUACUAUUGAUUUCCCCGAGUUCCUUAACCUGAUGGCUCGCAAAAUGAAGGAUACUGACUCAGAGGAGGAACUGAAGGAAGCCUUCCGGGUGUUCGACAAGGAUCAAAAUGGUUUCAUCUCCGCAGCUGAGCUCCGCCAUGUCAUGACCAACCUCGGUGAGAAGCUGACGGAUGAGGAAGUCGACGAGAUGAUUCGCGAGGCCGAUGUUGAUGGCGACGGGCAGAUCAACUACGAGGAGUUUGUCAAAGUCAUGAUGGCUAAGUGAGGACCUUAAUCAAACCAUUAUCAAAUCAAAAUUUGAAAAAAUGCAUAUGAACAGAAAAAAGGGACAGGGCAGAUAAGUUGUGAUGAGAAAUUAUCCUAUUUUCAAAUUAGGACAUCAAAUUUGGGUUCAUAUUUAGUUUUUGUUGGUCGGGUUUGUUUGCUUUUAUAUUAUUGGUACUUGCUCAUUACUUAUCAUGCUUGUUUGCUCUGCCCCUUGCUUUCAUUAGUUUGGAUUAGCUUUGUGUCUCACCAUGCAUUGGUACUUAACUUUUGGUCCUCUCUUUUUGUCUCUUUCUUUUUUCUCUCUUUGGUUAUUAUUAUUAUUAUCAUCAUCAUGAACCUAGAACAAUUGUUUGCAAUUUGGUGCUUUAUAAAUGUGGGUGGCUAAUAGUGUUAAUAUCAUCUUAUGCUA